CUUCUUUUUCCAUAACACACUCGAUCUGCAGAACACACAGAACGCACACUGCUUCUUGCUUUUCAGAUAACUCUGUCAAUCUGCUACUUCCAACGCUUUUAUGCACAUAAAACCAAUCCUGCUUCAUUGCAAAAAACUUUACUGAACUUCAAUCAAUCGAUUGACUCACGCGCGCCUGCUUUGAACCCGAUCUUCAUUGCUACGACGCGUCUUCCCACAACUACCAUUUAUCGCGCUGCUCGCGUCUGCUUAGCAACGCCUGCAACAGCAGCCCUGUCUUCCCUCUAACUUAUUAUCAUAGAGCUUCUUAACACCGUCUAUAGGUCUUCUGACGCGUCUUUUGAUGCUAAGCAUCGCUAUUCCACCUUAACUGGUAUUUAUAGGUACUUUUACCUCAUUUUCGAUUCCAUCCCACUCGCGUUCAACGCUGGUCGGGUCAUAUGGAGUCGAAACCGAAUAGAUACCAGUCCCGCAUCCUUAGGGAGAUGCAUCAUAAUACCGAGAAUCCUUUUAAUUCACCACCAUCAUCUACUGGCUCCCACGGAACCGUCACACUUACCUCUAACAUAACAAUGGGUCCCCAAGGAGAAUCCACUCGCCGUAUGGACGACCUUUCUAUCAACCUUCCUUCCAUGCGCAACACCAAACCGACUCUACCCACCUCUUUCGAAGUCAAUACCUCAGCCCUUGGACGAACAUUCCCUGAAUGGAGCCGCUGGAAUCACCAAACUGACGUGUGGGAAGAUUCCAUUGACAACACCCCAAAUCCUCGCGGGAAGGAAAAUGUCACGCCGCGAGGAAGCCCCAACUCUUCGAUCGUGGCUACCCCUAGAGCGGAUGAUUCUGAUCGAGAUAAGAUUGAGAAUGCUAAGCCUACGAAUGAGCCUACUGCUCGAAAUGCGGGCACCUUACGUAGCGCUCUUCGAUCUCGUGCUCAGAUGCAACCGCGAGUUCAAACUGAAUCUGAAUGCUCUUUGGAUCUCUCUGAGCCAUUGAUUCAACCCCUGCAAGACUUAGAAGAACAAGGUAGCCGACGACGUGCAUCGACACCCAGUGGUGCUAAGGGUCCCAAGUCGCGACGUGGCAAUGUUACCGCCCUCCUCGAAACCCUUAAAACAGCCCAAUCCAAACAGGCUGAAUCCAGCGAACAAUCUGCAAAGGAAGCUUCGCCCAAGUCAUCGCCCUCGGUGCAACCACAGAAUGCCGCGAAGUUACUCAUGGAACGACAAUCGGGAAUGCACAAUGUCGCAACGCCCGCAACUCCUAACCAGACCGCACGUUCUUUCUUUCUACCCAACCUUUCCCACAUGAAUGACUUCAUAUCCGGUGCAUUGCGGCUAUCCUCUAUGAGAAAUGGCAUGCCUAUCUUCGUGAAGCAUGGCAAAGUUCACGAUCGCGAAUCUACGACUACCCCAAGCCACCAUGCCGAUGUCGAAGCAGUUGCCAUCCCCGAAGACGAGGAGAAGAUUUUCGUAUCUUUGGAUAAGAUCAAAGACGAAGUCCACGCCUUGAAGGAGCAUGAUGACUUGGUUUCUAAGCAAGCGGAGCAACUCCAAGAGGAAGUGGAGGAACUUCACAUUCAGGUCGCCAAGUACAAAUCUCGAAAGGACAGUGCUAUGGGAUCUGACUCGGAGAGUUCUGUGAUCGAUCAUCUGCACUCUCAGAAGACUCAACUAGAAGAGCAAGUCAACUCCUUGCAAGCUCGUUUAGACAAAGCCAAUCGUAAGAUCAGCAUCAACGAGAUUCACACCGAGUCUUACAUUGCGGAGCGCGACGAGGCUCUUAAGAGCGCCACUGAGCACUUGAACAGAAUCCAACAUCUUCAGUCCGAACUCAAUGCGGCUCGCCAAAAUGUCGGGUCCUUGUACAAUGACACUACGCAAGAUGCCAACGCGCUUGAGUUGGAAAACAAGUCUCUGCGCAAGGAUAACAAUACCAUCCGCCAACAGUGGAAGUCUUUGCUCGAAGAAAAUCAAUCUCUCCGUGCACACAACAGUAACAUGUCCGAGAAGAACGCAGAUCUCGAGCAGGACCUCCAAUAUGCAAAUGCUCAAAUUGAAUCCACCAAGGGAGAAUUAGAGGCGGUUCAGAAAGAAUAUGAGAUGAUCUCGGAGGAGAAGGCUAUACUGAAGCAAGACAACCUUAGCCUGGAGCGUCACAAUGAUAAAUUCUUCAACGACAACAAGGUUCUGAAGCAACAGAACUCUUUGCUUAAUCGACGAACGCAUGAUCUUCAAGACGACGUCGCUCGGCUUCAGAAAUUGCUCGAUGCGGCCGAAGACAAUGCCGGUCCGAUGUCUGCCGACUUCAAGGAUAUUAAGUAUCGACUUCAAGUACAGAAUCGCGAGCUUGCCAAGGAGAAUGCGGAACUCCAGCAGCAAGUUAUUGAUAUCCAGGCUGAUUUCUCAACCAAGCGCAUGGUCCUCGAGAAGGAGAAGCGUCGUCUAGCGGCAGUUAACGAGCGUCUGAAGGAACAAAUUGACCGGAUCAGCGACCAGUUUGAGGCUAUUGUGAAGCAAAGCAAGGAGGAAGCCGCCAAAUACGAGGAGCAGCAAACCGCCUUGACUCAGCAAUUAGAGCUCAUCACCGACAAGGAAUCGGCUCUUGCUCAUAAGCUGAAGCGAUCUGCUGAUCACUCAGCCAAGCUUCAGUCCGAAUUGGAUCGGAAGAUGAACGCUGUGAACGAGGCUCGUCAAAUGACUCGCGAAAUUAAGGAAUUCAUGAACGCUACAAACAGCCAGAAAGACACUAGAUUGACACGUAUUGUCGACCCGAAAGGCAAGUCAGUUGCCAGUGAGAAUACAGCUAGAAGCACAACACAAACCGACAUGCCGAUGCAAGACGACUAUACCCAACAGAUUGAUCUCACCCAAGGAUCUGACUUUGCAAGCAUCUACACGCAAGGUGAGAUGCACAAGUUGCGGGACGCCCUUCGCCAAGUUCGCAACCAGCCACAACGCAAUGAUUUCAUACAGGAAUCAUCGGCUUUCGAAGACGAUGACAUGAGUGACCAGGCUAGUCAGAGUCUUCCGCCUUUGAUCAUGCCCCUUGGCCAAUCACGAUCUGCCACCUCUCAGCGAACAGUAUCUGCUGCUACGUCUAAGGAACGAACAGGCUCGACUAAGCCCCAACCCGUCGGAAUCCUGAAGGAUACUCUGCCUUCUCGCCUGAAUUCGCGAAAACAGAAGACAACACAGACUAUGAACGAUACUGAUUUUGAAGAGUACCGCGAGCGGGAGACGGCGACCAAUACUGCCACCGGUGGGCGAAAAUCCAAGACCAACGACACAAGCCCGAGAAAGGUCUCUUUCGGCCGAUCGAAUGUCCGUAACACCGAGCUCAACCAGCCCAGUUCAGAACCUGAUCUUACUGGACGAUUCAGUGUCAAGUCCGGAGGAAGUGGCAUGAGCAUUACAAGCGAAGCAUCCGAUGCAGACAGGUUUCACCGUCGUAACUCGGACAGUGCUCGAUUCGACAUAGAGAUGGAUCACGAAGAUAACAUGACCUCGGCCCUGUUCAUGGACGAUAUUACCCUCGAACAGCAAAAGAUCAUGGAGAAGCAGAAUGCGAAGAAGUCGAGCAAGACUGAGCUGUCUAAUGACGCCAAGCGCGUCCUUGACGGUCUCUGUCAUGAUCAUGACUGCCGCAACUGCAUCGUAUGUUCGCGGAUCAACUCGCAGGGCCGUGGAGAUCAGGCGGCCAACAAGAAAGCUGUCCGCGUGGAUAAGCCAAUUCCUGUUACCAACCGUGUCCCGAAACGUGGAUCGAAACAAGUGGAAUAUGAAGACCAGUCCACUUUGCGUCCAUCACAAGACCCGGCUGUAGCAUUGGCCAAAGUAAUCAAAGCCUUGGAGGACGAGGAGAGACAUCUUCUACGAGCUCUGCAAAAGAAGGAUGCCGCUUACAAUGAAUUCGACCCAUCGGUUCAGCGUAGAGUCUGGAAGAAGCUAGGUGCGGAGAUUGACAAGUUGAGAAGGGCGCGUGAUCUCAAGCGAGAUCAGAUUUACUAUCUCUACGAUGCCCUCGAGGGCCAGAAACGGACGGGUCAAGAGAUGACUGCAGAGUUCGCGGAGUACACCAUCAUGAGUGCCAUGAGCAAGGAUCAAACCUGGAACGGCAUCAUGGAUUUUUGAAGAGAUUUCAAAAGGGACUUGCGAAAGGGCAUAUCAGGAGGAAGAGGGAAUACUUGGAAUUGGCGUCUUGUACGGACAUAAGGGGGAGAUAUUAAGAGCAUUGCUAUUGGAGUUCGGUCAUUACUGAAGGCUGGGUUGAUUUGAUUGUUGUAUUAUUAUAUGACGAGACCCACGAAUGGCUGGCGUUAAAAAGGGAGUCUGCAUAGGAUGCAUUGUACAACUAGGAAGGAACCUGGUGUCAGGUAAUAGGUCAGGCCAUAACCUACGCGCAUCCGCAUCAGGGGCGCUGUGAUAUUGCAUAAUUGAAUCAAUUAUGACACA